GCACACACUCUCAAGACUGACAUUUUGAACUUCACUCAGCAGGUGGCGUACAGACUUGAGCGCCAGAAACAUCAGACAGUCUUCAAAGCGUCAAACAUUCGUCAACAAGAAUCCAGGUAUAGUUAAUAACAAUGGCCGGUGCUACGAUACCGUGGUGCGACAUGGUGGAGGUGCAUGACUCCAACGUGGAGGUGUUGAGGGCUGAACUCGAGCAGGCAGAACAAGAUCUUGUCUGUCAGGUGAAGAGGGUCAGUGAACUCACCACCGAGCUGGAGAUGAAGACCAAAGAGAGGAAGUUUCUGUCAGACCAGGUGGAGAUUCUUACAUCUGAGCUGAAGAAGGAGCAGACCAGGAGUCUGGAGAAGAGUGACCAGAUGGAGAAACUGAAAUACUCCCUUCGGCAGCAGCUUCUGAAAGCAAAACAGGUCAACGCAGCUCGGGUGGCUCGCCUUCACGAAUUUGUGGGCCUGCAAAAAUCCAACUUCAACCUCAAUCAAAAGCUCAAGAUUGCAAAGAACCUCAAUAGAACUCUUGAACGAGAAGCAGCCCGACUCUCUACUCAGCUGGAGAGUAACAAGAUCGAAUCUCUGUCCAAACAGGAAGAGUAUUUAACGGCUGAGCUGCAGAAGGAGUGGACCUGGACACUGGAGAUGAUGGACCAGAUGGAGAAACAAAACAACGCUCAUCAGCAGGACCUUCUGGAGGCGAAACAGGUCAACGCAGCUGGAGAGGCUCACCUUGUUGAGAAGGUCGGUGAGCUCACCACCAAGCUGGAGAUGGAGACUGAAAAGAACCAGUCUCUGUCAGAGCAGGUUGAGAUUCUUACAGCCGGGCUGCAGAAGGAGCGGACCAGGAGUCUGGAGCAAAGUGACCAGAUGGAGGAACUGAAAGACGCUCAUCAGAAACAACUUCUGGAAGCAAAGCAGGUGAACGCAGCCGGAGAAGCUCACCUUGUUCAGAGGGCCCGUGAGCUCACCACCGAACUGGAGAUGGAGACCAAAGAGAACAAGUCUCUGUCAGAGCAGGUUGAGCAACUGACAGCUGAGCUGCAGGUGGAGCAGACCAGGAGUCUGGAGAAGAGUGACCAGAUGGAGGAACUGAAAGACGCCCUUCGGCAGCAGCUCCUGAAAGCAAUACAGGUCAACGCAGCCCGGGUGGCUCAACUUCACAAAUUUGUGGACCUGCAAAAGUCCAACUACGACCUAACUCAAAAGUUCAGGAUUGGGAAGAACCUCAAUGGAGCUCUUGAAAGAGAAGCAGCCAGACUCUUUACUCAGCUGGAGAAAGAGAUUAAGAAGAUCGAAUCUCUGUCAAAACAGGAAGUAGUAAAACAGGAGUAUUUUACAGCCGAGCUGCAGAAGGAGUGGACCUGGAGACUGGAGAUGAUAGAUCAGCUGGAGGAACAAAAGGACGCUCAUCAGCAGGAACUCCAGGCACUGAAACAGGGCGACAUUGAGAGAGAGGCUCUCCGUCGGGACUUGGAGGGUUUGAAAACCGCCAACCUCGAGCUCGUCACCCGACUCCAGGCUGAGGAAGAGCUCAGUGAAAACCUCAAGAGAGAAACUACCUCGCUCUCCAUCAGCUUGGAGGCGGAAACUCUGAAGAACAAAUCUCUGUUAAAACAGGGAGAGUCUCUAACCACCGAGCUGCAGAAGGAGCAGAACUGGAGACUGGAGCUCGGCGACCAGGCGCAGGCAGAGAGAGACGCCCACCAGCAGGAACUUCAGGCUCUCUGUCAGGAGUUGGAGAUCCUGAAAGCAACCAACCCUGAGACUCCCGGCAAGCUCCAGGCUGAGAAAGAGGCAGGGAAUGAAAGGACAAAGAAAGAUUUCACACGAGCAACUUCAAAUUCGGUGUGUCAUCUCAAGACCUAUGGGAUCAAAAGGGAAUCCAAAUCUUGUUAUAAAUGUUAUCAAUCAAUGUUAAUGUCCAUUUACAUGCAUAUUUAUUAAUUACUUUUUUUAAAACUUCGAUACCAAUCACUGUAUUCAAUCCAAAUAUAUAUAGAUUUUUUAGUCUUUUUCUUUUCUCUUUAUUGUAUAUUUUUGUAAUAUUUUCUCCCCCUUCCCUUGUUUCCUUGACUCUUGCUGCUACUGUAACUAUAAAUAAAGUUAUAUCUUAUAUUAAACAAAUACAGUGUUUCAAUGAA